AUGAAGUUCUGGAAGAGCUUGAGUAAUUUAAUAGAGGAGACCUUACCUGAUUGGAGAGAUAAGUUUUUAUCUUAUAAAGAUUUGAAGAAACAAUUGAAGUCAAUUUAUCCUAAAGAUGGCGAUAAGCCGCUUAAUAAACGGCCCAGAUUGGAUGAUGAUCAAAUGGACAGUGGUGAGGUGGAGAAGGAGGUGAUCGAUUUUGUUAGGGUUUUGGAAGAUGAGAUGGAGAAGUUUAAUGCGUUUAUUGUCGAGAAAGAAGAGGAUUCUGUUAUCAAGUGGAAGGAGCUACAAGAUAGAGUAGAGAGGUCGAAGGAUUCAAAUGAAGAGCUGAUGAAAGUGGGGAGGGAAAUAGUGGAUUUUCAUGGAGAGAUGGUGUUGUUGGAGAAUUACAGUGCCCUUAACUACACAGGACUGGUAAAGAUAUUGAAGAAAUAUGAUAAGAGAAGUGGAGCUCUGGUUCGCAUGCCCUUCAUCCAAAUGGUUAUGCAACAGCCAUUCUACUCUACUCAUGUACUUACCAAGCUUAUUAAGGAGUGUGAGGUGAUGCUUGAUCGUGUUUUCGCUAGAAAUCAACCAUCAGUCUCCCCUCAAGCUACCGAGGUAGGGAGUUGUGACAUCAAAACUUCAACUGAAAGUGCCGGGAGGUCACUCAGAGUUCCUGACGAACUCCCGGAAAUAGAAUAUAUGGAGAGCUUGUACGUGAAACUAACCCUGUCGGCACUUCGCGUCUUGAAGGAGGUUCGGAGCGGCAGCUCAACUGUAAACGUAUAUUCAUUGCCCCCUUUGCAAAGCAACACGCAGGAGGAGGAUUGGAAGAAAGUUACUGUACUGGAACAAACGGCCAAAUAG